GACGAUUGCGGAAGUGUUUGUUAUUGUGGUUUAGCUGCUAGCACAGUGGCGUGUAAUCAAAUAAUAUGACAGCAUCAAACACUAAAAACGCCAGCGCAAUCCCAAUCGAUAAAUUCAGCAAUGUUCGCAUCACAUCAAUAUGGACUUUCCUACAGUCUGUUGACUGGUCUGAGCCCUGGCUGAUGGCUCUGCUGGCCUUUCAUGUCUUCUGUUUUGCUUUCACCCUCCUGUCCUGCAAAUACUACCGCAUUCAGAUCUGUCAUUUUCUCCUGAUGGUUGCGAUGGUUUACAGUGCAGAAUACCUGAAUGAGCUGGCAGCCAUGAAUUGGAGGUCUUUCUCAAAGUUCCAGUAUUUUGACUCAAAAGGAAUGUUCAUAUCUUUGGUAUACUCUGUCCCGCUCUUGCUCAACACUGUUAUUAUUGUGGCUGUUUGGGUAUGGAGGACCUUCUCAACCAUGACAGAACUUAAGAUAUUGCAAUUAAAGAGAAAAGCGGCCAGAGAGAACCACAAGAAAACACAAUAGAAGGCAUGAACAGAACAUGCACCAUUUCCUAAUGGACUAAUAAUAAUAAUGGUCAGUGGUGGAGGGCAUGUACUGCAUAUGGGCUGAUUAUAAGGAAAACUCUUGUGGCAGAGGGUCUUGAAUGUUUAUUUCAGACUGCUGAUGGACAAUUACUAUACCUGCUAUAGCAAAAACUCCAUCAAAUGCCUGAUCUGGUCAAAAACAUACUGGACAAAGGCAUCACCUGUAUUGCGCAGGCAUUUUGUGUAUGUGUACUAUAGAUAGACCAUUCCAGUGCUUAAUGCUUUUUUUUCAUUGAUUGGAGUGUUGGACAUGAAAAUGGUGUAUUUAUGUCAAUAAAUUGAAUGUUGUC